AUGGAAAACACAAUGUCGGUUCAUCCUAAUCAGCAGCCAACAUCAAAGAACUUGAUCACCAUUCUAAGCAUUGAUGGGGGUGGCAUCAGGGGAAUCAUCCCUGCAACUAUACUUGCUUUCCUUGAAUCCCAACUUCAGGAGUUGGAUGGUGAGGAAGUUAGACUUGCAGACUACUUCGACGUGAUUGCAGGAACAAGCACAGGUGGUCUUGUUACUGCCAUGUUAGCUGCUCCAAAUGAAAAGAAUCGACCUCUUUUUGAUGCUAAGGAUAUCAAGCCCUUCUAUCUUCAACACGGCCCUCAGAUUUUCCCACAGGAGAGCGGCAUAUAUGGAGCAAUAAAAAAUACAUUUAGAUCCCUGAUAGGACCCAAAUAUGACGGGAAAUACCUUCACCGGAUUCUAAGAGAGAAAUUAGGGGGAACUCGACUGGAUAGCACAUUGACCAACGUUGUUAUACCAACUUUUGAUAUCAAGCAACUACAACCAACCAUUUUCUCAUCGUCUGAGGCGAAAAAGGACUCCUGUUUGAAUGCUCGACUGUCAGACAUAUGCAUAGGCACUUCGGCAGCUCCAACCUACCUCCCUGCCCAUCACUUCAACCACCAAAAUGAUGUAGGAAAUGUUAGAGAAUUCAAUCUUAUAGAUGGUGGUGUUGUUGCAAACAAUCCGGCUCUAGUGGCCAUAAACCAAGUGACUAAACAGAUAUCUGAUGCAAAUCCUAAUUUCUUCCCAAUCAAAUCCACGGAUUAUGGUCGCUUUCUAGUAAUCUCAAUAGGCACAGGUUCAGGAAAGAUAGAAAAAAGAUACAAUGCAAAAAUGGUAGCCAAGUGGGGAAUUCUGAACUGGUUACUUCAUGGUGAUUCAGUACCAUUGGUGGAUGUGUUUACUCAAUCAAGUGCAGAUAUGGUUGAUUUGAACCUAGCUGUGGUGUUCCAAGCCCUUCAUUCCGAAGAGAAUUACCUCAGAAUUCAAGAUGACACACUGACUGGGACUGAAGCUUCAGUUGAUGCGUCUACGAAAGAGAACUUGAACAAACUCGUAGAGAUAGGGGAGAAGUUAUUGAAGAAACCAGUAUCAAGGGUGAAUUUAGAGACGGGUUUAUCAGAACCAGUUAAAAACUGUGGCACAAAUGAGGAGGCUUUGAGAAAAUUAGCUGAAAAACUUUCACAAGAAAGAAAGUGGAGAGAGGAAAAAUCUACACAUGGAAAAGUUGCACAUUGA